GUAGCUAUAUGAUGUGAUAGUAUCCUAUAUAGCUUUCGUGUCUGACGGAAUGGUCUACUAGCUCCGAUGAAUUCCAACCCCCCAUGCGCACGCGCCUCAAUUGUUUAUUGCGUCGCCAUUGCUGGAUCAUCACUAGCUAGCUAGACUAGAGGCGAAGAUGGGGGGGAGAAAAAGUAACGUAGAUAGACUAUGGACAGCGACGGCGCAUGUUGGCCUCCUUGACUAUCUUCUUGCGCAGUAGUAUGUAGACAUGCAUGUUUCAACGCCUCGUGGCCGUCAAUUUUGAGAGCCAUCUUUCUUUCAGCCAAGAGGUCGCGGUAGUAGUGCGUCACUAUUGCCGUGAACAAUGCAGGCCAUUACCAUCAGCGCCAACGCGUGGAGCGACGCCGGGCACGCCGUCAACCAUCUCUACGACAUGCUCUACAUGAUGGGCCGCGACGACAUCCCCGUCGGCGUGGGCGGCGACGGCGGGAUAUCCUACGCCGGCGACGUGCAACGCGACGUCGGUGGCUACCUACCACUGAUCGACCAGGGCAUGUCGACGGACGGCGGCUGCCGGUACCGGCAGGCCAUCCCGCUCUCGGGCCGGCUGGACGUCGACACGAACUCCGGGGUCCGGAAGGGCUUCCUCCCGCGGGGCUCCCGGGCGUACCGGCCGCUCCGGCAGCCCACGGCGCAGCGGGUGAUGGCGGACGCGCUGUCCGCCGGCCCGACCUCGGUGCUCCUCCUGGGCACGCACACCAACCUCGCGCUCCUCCUGAUGUCGCGCCCGCGCCUGAGGCGGAACGUGGAGCGCGUCUACGUCUCCGGCGGCGCCGUGAGGGCGGCGGGCAACCUGUUCACGGCCGCCGCCGCCAACCCGGUCGCCGAGUUCAACGUCUUCGGCGACCCCUUCGCCGCCUACCUGGUGCUCCACUCCGGCGUCCCGAUCACUAUGAUCCCUCUCGACGCCACCAACACCAUCCCCGUGACGGAGGCGUUCUACUCCGAGUUCCAGCGGCGCCAGAGGACGUACGAGGCACAGUACUGUCUCCUGUCGCUGGACGGGGCUCUGGCGCGGCAGAGGAGGCGGUCCGACAGCCAUGACAACACGGGCUUCUACUUGUGGGAUCCCUUCGCCGUCGGGGUGGCCAUCUCCAGCAUGCGCCAUGGCGAUGGCGAAACCAGCAACGAGUUUGCCGAGCUUGAGUACAUGAACGUCACCGUGGUAACGUCCAACAAACCUUACGGUGCGCGUGACGACGGCUCUAACCCCUUUUUCGAUGGACGAACUACUCCCAAGUUUGGGCUGCGAGAGGGUGGAGUUCACAGCGGCCAUGUUGAGACCGGGAUAAGAGACCCCUUCUGCCUGGUGCCCGGAAGCAACCGAGGCAGAUGCCAAGAUGGGUACACUAAAGAAGUGGCCGGUCCAGAAGCAGUGCAGAUGCUUGUGGCAACGAGGGCGAGGCCGAACACCAACAAAAGUAGCCCACUGGACAAGAAAUUUAUGGAGACCUUCCUAGAGGUUCUAAAUCUCCCCCAAAACACUGGACGUUUCAACAUAAGCACACAGUUUCCGUACUAUAGAGAGGUUCUCUACAAGCCGGAUUCCAUCAUGAACGUGACCCGCAGGGGCGGGAAGCCAAAGCCAGUCGUUUUUGACAUGGACAUGAGCCCUGGGGACUUCGUGUCGCUCAUAUGCCUCCUGAAAGAACCCAGACACGAGAUCGAUCUGAAGGCUGUUUUGGUCAACGGGAACGGCUGGGCUAACAGCGCUAGCAUUGACAUCGUGUACGACGUCCUGCAUAUGAUGGGCCGUGACGACAUCCCAGUCGGCCUUGGCAAUGCCACUGCGCUGGGCAGCCCGACGCUUGGGUGCAACAAUUCCUACGCGAUCCCGCAAGGGAGUGGUGGGUUUGUAGAUUCAGACACGCUGUAUGGACUGGCUCGGUCGUUGCCGAGGAGUCCUCGAAGGUUCAUCUCUGAUGAUCUAGACCAUCCCGAGCGCCGGCACCCGAGCGCUUUCGAUGUUUGGCGGUCAGUUAGGAAGCAGCUCGGUCCAGGCCAGAAGAUCACGGCUCUUACCAGCGGACCUCUCACCAAUCUAGCCAGCAUUAUUUCACUGUCUGACAUGGACGCCGGCUCUGUCAUAGAGAGAGUUUAUGUUGUCGGUGGAGUGGUUAGAGAUGGAGGUGAUGACAGGGGAAACGUGUUCACCGUUCCCUCCAACAGAUACGCGGAGUUCAACAUGUUCCUGGAUCCGCUGGCCGCAAAGACGGUGCUAGAAUCUGGUCUAAAUAUCACGCUCAUUCCUCUCAACGUGCAGCGGAAGGUUUCUUCAUUUGAGGGCGUCCUCGGAGCUCUGAAGCAACACACCCAGCAUACUCCCGAGUCAAAGCUUGUGCGCCGUUUGCUGUUGCUGCUCCAGCAGCUCCAGAGGGAACAACGGAAAUUCUAUCACCACAUGGACAUAUUUCUUGGAGAAGUUCUUGGCGCAGUUUACAUGGUCCAAGGAUCUAACUUGGAGCCCUCUGUGGAAGUGAAGUCAAUAUGCAUUGUUGCCAACACAACCGAAAGCAUAAAUGGGCUUAUUUUGGUCAAGAAGAGCGCAAAGCCAGUGGAUGUAUUGUAUAGUUUGAAUACUGGAGCAUAUUACGACCACCUGGCAAAUUCUUUGGUUAACCAUAAGCAAUCUGCUCCUAUUGGCAGCUUUGGAGAGCAAAAGGCAAUUUGGAGCAGGCCACAAAAACAUUUAGGGACGGACAUAGCAAAGGAUAGAAAAUAAGCAAUCUAUUUGUACAAUAUUGCUGGAAAAGGAUUAGAGAUUAGAUUCCAAAAGAAAAACAGUUUACAUCAUACUUCACUAUCUUAUAGCGUAGUACAAAAUUAAAGGAGAUACUCAACACAGUUACAGUUGUAUGAAAGGGCUUCAGUAAGCAAUAAAAUUUAUCUUGAAUGGAUUUCAC